AUGGGUCUCAUUCAUGUCUUACACGACGAGAAGCGUUCGGUCGAAUUGUUCAUUGAAAAACAUCAGAGAGAUUUGGGCAAAUCGUUGAACUACGAAGGAAUGUAUUCACGCAUGUUGGCGGAUCCUAAAGUUGAUUCUGUAGGCUUUUUAUCUCCUCAACAAGAUGAAUGUUGGACACAAUCACAAUACAUGAGCGGUCCUUCGUUCGUGGGCACUUCGCAUGCUUUCGAUACUAACACGGGAAUUCAAGAAGAUAAUGCAAGUGUUGAAUCCGAGAAUGAUGAUGAAGAGGAGGGAUUACAAAUUAGUAGCAUGACCUUGAUAGAUCGUGAUGGCGGGGAAAACCAACACAUCGACGGGGCUUAUGUUAAUAAUGAGUAUGUCUGCUUAGAGGAUUCGCCGCCCGAUGAACUUCAAGGAGAUGAAUGGAUUGAUAACUCCGCGAUGGAAAGUGUUCCUAUUGGCACUAAUAGCGGUGUUGAUACACAGGCUGAGGACUUCUCAUUCAAAAAGGGAGAUCUUUACGAGAGUAAGGAGAAAUUGAUCCAUGCUAUUCGCACGUAUUCCAUUGCAAAAAAUGUGAAGUUCAGGCCAACGAAAAAUAAUACUACAAGCUACAAUGUGGUUUGUUUCUAUCGCAAAGAUGACAAUGUCGAAGAUAAUAGUGGACACCACGACGGCAAUGCGAGGUGUCCGUGGAAGCUUAAUUCACGCUCGGGUGCAAGAGUAGGUGGGCAAUUCAAAAUCACGGCAUACAAUGGACUCCAUACUUGUAGCAAUCCUCGACUUGAGAUGAAUAACAAGAAUGCGUCCUCUUCUUUUAUAUAUCGAUUGAUUUUACCGCAUCUGAGGGAGGAUCUUGAUCUAAGGCCGAAAUAUAUUCGUCUUUUAGUGCAUAAAGCCACCAACUUGGAUGUAUCAUAUCACAAGUGUUGGAAUGCUAGGAGGAAGGCAAUGAUAAAAAUAUUCGGGGAUUGGGAUAAUUCGUAUGAGAUCUUACCUCAUUAUCUUGAAGCACUCAAAAGAGAAAAUCCGGGGACUGUCUACGAAGUAUCUUCGGACCCCGUUGAUGGCGGAGAACGGCGGUUCACCGGUGUAUUUUGGGCAUUUGGGCCCUGUAUUGAGGGGUUUCGAUAUUGCCGUCCUCUUCUUAGCAUUGAUGGAACUCACUUAUAUGGUAAAUACAAAGGCGUUUUGCUUGUUGCAACCGGAGUUGACGCGGAUGGCGGGUUGUUUCCUUUAGCAUUCGCAGUGGUUGAUGUUGAAAAUACAGAGAAUUGGGCUUGGUUUUUUGCAUGCAUUAGAUAUCAUAUCCCUAGUGUGGGGACGCGGUCGAUUACAUUCAUAUCCGAUAGGAUGAAAGGAAUUCCAAGAGCACUCCAACGACAUUUCCCGCCACCACAUGCACAUCGCUAUUGCUUGCGACAUAUUAGAGAUAACUUCAAAAAGAAGUAUGGAAACGCUCAGGUUCAAGACUUACUUUGGCAAGCUGGUUGUGCAACAGAAAAAUAUGUUUAUGAACAAAUACGAGAGAGGAUCAAGUUCAUUUCAUGA